AUGAAUGUUGACGAUCGACUAAACUCGCUUGAACCCCGACUCUCGUGGUUCUACAUUCGACUGUUAUUGCUCAUUGGUGUGAGUUGGGCUAUUCAAGCGGCAGAACUCGUAUUGCUCAAUUUCUCGCGAGUGCUUGUUACCAACGACAUUGGAAUGGGGACAUUUGCCCUUGAAAUCUUUGGAGUCAGUAUUUUCGUGGGAUCGAUGGUCGGAGGGCCAAUUCUCGGCUACUUUGCGGACAAAUUUGGACGCCGGAUUGCUUUGUUGGUUUCUAUCGUAUUCUCUUUGGGAGGACUCGCGGUGUCUGCUCAAGCGCACGGUGAUUAUAUGCUAAUUGUCGGCCGUAAGAUUACUGGUCUUGGACAUGGUGGACAACUUUCCUCGACAUUUGUACUGGUUCAAGAGCUAGCCCCUCAAUUAAUUCAUGGUCGCAUCGUCUCACUGCUCGACGCUUUUGCAGGUAUCGGAAGUUUGAUUGGUUUGGCUCUUGCGUAUGCUGUGGCACCUUGGUUAAAGUGGCGCACGACUUACUUGGUCGUAUCUGGACUUGUAUUGUACACGGUAGUGCUGCCUUUCACCAUUCCUGAAUCACCGCGUUGGCUUGCUAGUGUUUGUCGUACAGAGGAAGCUAUUGAUAUUGUAAAACAGAUCGAGCGUUCGCACAUUCAGAAGAAAGAAAUCAAUGUUACCUCAGUUCCAGAGUCGUCGUCUUCAAUAAAGCCUUCACGAUACAAGCAACUAGUUCCCACAAUCAUACUCUGGACGUUGUGGGCUGUGAUGGCCUUGUCAGCUUAUAUCUUGGGGACCUAUAUUCCGACACUAGUUAGUCUUUUUGGUUUCAAUCUGUUUGCGACCUGGAGCAGUAUUGGAGUCUUUAACAUCGCUCAAGUGGUUGGUUCGUUCACAGCUGCAGCAGUAUUGGACACUUAUGGACCGCACCGCUCAUUCGCUGUCUUUGCAACAUUGACGGCUGUUACCUCUAUUGCGCUUGGCCAUAUGACUUGGUCACGAGAGAUAGUCAUCACCGUCUCCUUUCUGGUGAAUGCUCUACUAUCGGCUUGCUGGAGCUGCAUUUUCACGUAUACACCGGGACACUUUACUACAGCUCAUUGUAGCCGAGGAAUGGGCUACGUUGUUGGAUUCAGUCGCUUCGUUGCUGUGGGUGGAUGCUAUUUGUCCCCUUAUAUUGUAUUGAUGGUGAUGGCUGUGGGUAUUGUACCAUCUUACAGCUACUAUGCGUUAGAAGAAGAAGACGGUGAUAACUCAUGCACUUGGACAUUACCGAUGAAUUUAGAGUCUAGUGGUGUCAGCGCUGAAGAUUCGACGAUAGAAGCCAAGGAAUGA